GGCGGGGGCUGCGGGAGGAGGAGGAGCCGCGGUGAUCACGGCCCCGGGUCCCGCAGCUGGGCUCUCUCCUCACAUGGGGCCCCCUCGCUUGCCGCAGCGGCGGGGCAGACCCUCGCCGCGCUGCUGAGGGGCCGGGGCUUGGCUGCCGGUGGGGUAUGCGGCCAUGAGAGCCCGCGCCGCCCGCAGGCCCUGCUGGCGCCGCCGCUCAGGAUCCAACAAGAGUAGAGAACACAGCAAAUUACCCGAAAUGUGAGAAGCCUUCCCUUAGCAAAGUAAAACCUUGUUUUCAAAAUGGACCGAAGUAAGCGGAAUUCAAUAGCAGGAUUUCCACCUCGCUUGGAGCGCGCUGAAGACUUUGAUGGUGGCCCUGGAGGAGACGGGACUGCAUCCCAGAUAGGAAGAGUUUGUACCUCUUCAUACAGAGCCCUGAUAAGUGCCUUUUCCAGACUUACCCGUCUCGAUGACUUCACAUGUGAGAAGAUUGGCUCUGGUUUCUUCUCGGAGGUGUUCAAGGUAAGGCACAGAACUUCAGACCAGGUAAUGGCUUUGAAGAUGAACACACUGAACAGCAACAGAGCCAACAUGCUCAAAGAGGUUCAACUUAUGAAUAGACUCUCGCAUCCAAACAUCUUAAGGUUUAUGGGUGUCUGUGUGCAUCAAGGACAGCUGCACGCACUCACUGAGUACAUCAACUGUGGUAACCUGGAACAGCUAUUAGACAGUAACCAGCAUCUGCCCUGGACGGUGAGGGUGAAACUGGCGUAUGACAUUGCUAUGGGGAUCAGUUAUCUUCAUUAUAAAGGCAUUUUCCACAGAGACCUUACAUCCAAGAACUGCUUAAUAAAACACGAUGAGAACGGAUACUCAGCAAUAGUGGGAGACUUUGGUUUAGCAGAGAAAAUUCCUGACCACAGUGAGAAGUUACCGGUGGUGGGUUCACCCUUCUGGAUGGCACCAGAAGUUCUCAGAGAUGAACCUUACAAUGAAAAGGCGGAUGUGUUCUCCUACGGUAUAAUUCUGUGUGAGAUUAUAGCAAGAAUACAGGCAGAUCCAGACUAUCUCCCUCGCACAGAGAAUUUUGGAUUAGAUUAUGAUGCCUUCCAGCACAUGGUGGGAGACUGUCCCCCUGACUUCCUCCAGUUGGCCUUCAACUGCUGUAAUAUGGAUCCAAAGUUGCGUCCUUCAUUUACUGAUAUUGUCAAAACACUGGAGGGGAUUUUAAACCGCCUGAGAAAUGAGGACUCAGAGAGAGAGAGAAAGUUUCUGAACCUUGACAACAGUGAAAGGAAACCCAAAGGCUCAAUUGAAAAAGGACCAGGAGUAAAACGUUUGAGUUCCCUGGAUGACAAGAUCCCACCCAAGUCACCCCGUCCGCGUCGGAAUAUCUGGCUGUCACGCAGCCAGUCGGAUAUCUUCUCCCGCAAGCCUUCCAGGAAGAUAAACGUGCAGGACCCCUACUAUACACCAAAUAAAGGGUUAGGCCGGAAAGUUAAUCCCUUCAGUGCCCGAGAGGACCUCAAGGGAGGGAAAAUCAAAUUCUUUGACAUGCCAAGCAAGUCUGUGAUCUCCCUUGUGUUUGAUUUGCAUUCUCCAGAGGCAGGUGGAGGCCUGAAAGGCAGCCAGUCCCAGUUCCGGCAGGCAUACAGCACAGACUGGCAAGAAUUUUCCCUUCUCCCUGGGAGGAGGUGCAGAUCGCUUCCACUCUCUCCCGAAUUGCCGCACAAGGAGUAUGGCCUGUUUGGGGGACUGUCUUCAACUGUCAGCAGGUGCGACCCAACCCAGCUAAGCACAGAGGUUCGGCAAAAACUCCUGAGUAGCAGUAAAUAUGGUGUGUCAGAGAUUCCCCCCUUUCAAGCCAAGCCUCACAGGUCAGAAUUUCUUUCUGUACCAGGACAAGAAGAGGAUAUGGACUGUUCAGAUGGGCCAGUGGCCCAGGAGGAAAAUGGGUUUUGCCCUAUUGAGAACACGUGCAGAGAUCCAGCCAGCGAUCAACCAUUAGUGCUGGCCCAGCCUGAGCCGCUGUCUUACAAAAAGCUCCCAGUUGAGAAUUCAGUGAACUCUGAGGGACAUGGCUCCUCACAAGUGUUCGUGGGUUGUCUCCCUUCUGAGGAGAUGGAGGUGGAAGAUGACCACCUGAAAAAUACUCCACUAGAGUCUACAAAGCCUAUGUUCAGCGUUAGUCCUUGCACUGAGCUGAAGAGAGAGGCAUGGCCCUUCAGGGAGCAGGAUGGGGACAGUCCUGCCCCGUCGUCUCAGAUGUCCUCCAACAUCUCAGCAAGUGGCACCACGCAGUCAGCUUGUGACAUAUGAAGAGAGGGCUCAAACUGAAUGUGUCCAUGAGGGAACACUUGUUCCCAGUUGCUUAAACUCGUGUUUUCUCUAUAGUGCUGGGCUUCACAUUUGAAAGAGGCUCCGCAGAUGGUAGAAACUGGCUGUCAAACUGAUAGCUGCAGACAGUGUCUGGAGAGACUGAUUAUUUCAACUUUAUUUCAAACUGUGCUUAUUCCCUUUCCUGUUUUGCAUUAGGAGGGGGAACUGCUCCAGCCAGAACGGCCUUGUGGGCCCUGCAGCCCUUCCGAGAGGCAGCAGGCAGCCACCGUGUAAACAGUUUGACCAGGGUUCCAACAUGAAGCAUUUCAAGGCCUUAAGCUCCAUGUUGGGUAGAAAGAGCGACCCUUAGGUUUUCCCUCUUCCUCUGACUGACCAGCUGCUCUAAACCACUGCAGAUCUUGCAUUAAUAUUCUGCAGCAGCACAUAAGUCAGAGCCUCUAUUUUAGAAAUGGGCACAGAGAUCUUUCAGAGCUAUGCUGAGCAGAUAGGAGUGUUCUCUGGUCCCAGAGCUGCUGUGAAUGCUGUGGCAGCAUUAAACAAGCUCUUCUUUCAAAAGCAGCAAAAAGAAAACCCCUCAUGCUGGUUGCAAUCUGCAAGCUGAAUCACAUGACAAAUACUUUGCAAUUAACAAGACAAAUCUGUUCCCUGGUGUUUCGUUUUCCCGUGGGAUUUGGUAAUGAUGUGUAAUACAUUAGUGCAGGAAAGCAGGAUGUGUUAAUCGCUGCUCCCCUUCUUGCACACCUUUCAUGCACCUCAACUAGGAGGAGGAUUUGCCCAGGGCACAAGAGGAGAACCAUAUUCCAGGCAUUGUCAUAUCUGAGCUUCUGGAGGAACUGCCAGUGAACGCACCAGCUUUCAGGGGUGUAGGAUCUUAUCUCUGAAGAGCUGAAUGGACAUCAUGAUCUGUUGCUGCAGAAGAGUUAGUUAAAUACCAUAUCUAGAUCAUAGUUGACUAUUCCCACUAAGCUAGAAAGGUCACAUUCACCUCCCUCUCUGGUGCGACAUCCCAUCUCGCUGAUAUCACUGCAGUAGUGAGGGCUCCUUAUUUCAAACCAGACUGCGUGCUAGAGGACAGGAAUCCCCGGCUCAGGGGAAGCGGCCAGCAGCGGUGCAGCCACACAAGUGCUCUUGGAGGACAGACAGCAGACUCAUGGGAGAGCUUUGCAUUGUCAAACUGAAGAAAAUUAGCUUGUCCCAAAUUAACUUUUUUUUCUUCUACAGAAGGAGGCUGUUGUCUUAAUUGGCUUCUACUGGCACUGAACAGGCUGAUUUUUGUUUUGUUUUGUUUUUCCCCUCUAUCAGCAGGAACACAUGAAAGAAGCAGUUGCAUGAGCUUUAAUGCUGCUUGCUGGAACCAGCAUCAGAGUUCCCCACUCUGGGGUGUAAUGUAUGGGAAAGCUUAAUCUGUGAUGAUGGCUGUGCCCCAGCCUGCCCUUUUCUGCUUCUGUCCCAACAACAUGGGAUUUUUUUUUAACCUGUAUUAUCAUUCCUAAGUGAGGUAUGCAUUGCAUGCCUGCUGAGCAGAUGGUGAUGCAGGGAAGACCAGAAUUUCACCCAGGUAGCCUGUUACACUCUCUUCCUGCUCUCUCGUAAGGAUGCAAAGUGUAAACUCUUCUCUGAUGGAAGCAAGACUAUUCCUACUCUUUUCCUAUCAAAAAGGAGAAAGCCCUAGUCCUUUCUUGGCUGAGAUGCCUGUCUUUCCAGAGGUGUAGGUGACUAUUCUGCGAGUUGUAAGUAUGACUUCCUCUUGUGAAAUGCGUUAACCUGAGCAGCAGUUAUCCCUUUGCAGUGGCUCAUUUAGUUAUGAGAAACCUAGUAUUGCAGAGUUACUUUGCACAGUCUAUGCCAGCUCAGUCAGCUGUUAGCCGUUCGUAAGAGAAAUUGCCAUCCUCACCAAGAUGGCCCCUGUUGGCCCACACCUCUGCCCCUUGAAGGAGCCGAUCUUUAGAGUCAUCUGUCUUGUAUAACCUGUCUGCAGAGUGCAAGAGCAGCUUCUGUGGCUGGCGCUGUGUGUGUGAUUUCCUUUGAGGACAGGGAACAGUCAGUGAACUCAGUUGUGAGCAGUUGCCUGCCUAGUGCCUGCUUCCCCGCCCCUCUUCACUCUUUCUCUUUUUAUCUUUUAUACAAUUGUAAUCCUUCAGGAGGGAAACCAGCAGCACCAGCUUCUGUUGUCACAAGAUGCGUUUGGGUGUGUGACUUCAGACAAACAAGCAAUACUAAGGAAUAGUUUACCUGUGGAUCACCAGCGGUGAGGAAGCCGUCCGGCACGGCGCGGCUGCCUGCAGCCUGUGUGGGCACACGCGCCCCUGCCCGCCUGGGGGCUCGCGGGAGCCCCGGUUGCCAGCGCUGACACCUCCUCGUGAAGCCUGUUGCCAUCUGACACUGACUGCAAAGCCUGUGCAGUCAGGCUUGGGUACCUCUAUGGCACCUAUUACAGUGACCUCAGCUGUUUUCGUACACCACUGUCUUUUAAAAUGUUUCCCUGCUCUGAAUAGCUUACAAACCAGCAUGACUGAAGUUUUAUUUUCUUAAAUGUCCACUCUAAGCACAGCCAGCUGACGUGCAUAGGGCACACCUAUCGACUUUACUAGCUCUUUGUACUGAGGUGGAGAUGUCAGAAAGAGAAAUGCCAAGGAAUAGCGGCUCAGGCCUUUUCUAGAUUCACGGUCUGCAUGGGAAGAGAGGCAUGUGUAUGGAACUGGGGCAAAAGGCCGUUCUAAAAUAGCUCAGCGCUUGCUAAAACCCAGCGUUUCCAAGGGUCUGGAUGCGGUUGGCACUCGCUAGGUCUCGUCCCUUUGGUUGUGUGAAGCUGAAUGUAGGUCGUACCUAGUAAAUACUCCUAGGUUUUCUGCCUACCUGAGGGUGCUUUUCUACUGGGGCCAUUUUUGAAUAGCUACUGACGAACAUGAACACGUGGUCAGUGAACUCUUUGUUUUAUAGUGAUGUGACAAAGUUUUAUUGUGAUUGGAUUUUAUCAUGAUUUUUGACUUUCUUAUGGGAGCGGUUCUUGCUCUUUUAAAACACUUUCUACACAUUGCUAGGUUCCCUGAAGAGAUCAAAGGUAUGUUUAAUUAACUUUAAAUCUUUCUAUGUUGAAUUCAUUUAAAUGUCUGUUAUAAGCUAUUUUUGUUCAGGUUGCAGGUUGAUAAAAUGCAACUAAGAGUGCGUGUGAAUUGCUGCCCCUCAAAAGCAGUGCAGACAAGGGGCUAUAGCAGACUUAUACUUAAUGGAGAGGCAUUGAUGUAUUUUGUGUAACAGAACGUUGGUAUUUUUUGCCAGUACAACUAAAGACACUUGAAUAAUUCCUGUUUGCACUUAAUGCUAUUGUUUAUAUUGCAUGUCACUACAUUUCUAUGCAAAACAAAUAACCUUUCUUUUGGGAGGAGGGGCAGCCAGAUAUUUGAUUAAGUAUAAAGAUCUUUGCGAGAUGAUCUAUUUUCGUAUUUAUGAAGGAGUUUUAUGUCUUAAUAUUUUGCAGUCUGUAAAUAGCUCAACUUGUAAUUAAAGGCUUAGGAAGAAGUUUGUAGCCUGUGUAUAAUAGUUAAGUUAACACUGCCAGAAAAAAGAAAAUCUUUGCAAAACAACUUUUCUAAUAUUGUGGAUAUUUAUGAAUAUGUAAAGAAAGCACGUCUUGUUUUUAUGUUGAUUGACCUUCUGACUUUUUUGAACUAUAGAAAUGGUGUAUGUUUUAUUGGAACUGCAAUAAGAAGUAACCAAAGAUGAAUUCAGUUAAAUAUUUUCAUAAUUUUUUCUUGGUCAGGUUUUGUAAACUUUCCCAACUUGCUUUCAAAAUAAAAAUAAAAUCAA